AUGGGUUUACCGGUGAUCAAGACCUCUGGAACUGGAUUUAUAAAAUCUGGGGAGCGAUGGCAAAUAAAAGGUGUCACAUACAGUGGAUAUGAAGACGUGAAAACGCUGCGCGAUGCCUUGACCGAUGCCGACCAAUGCGCGAUCGACGCGCCGUUGCUGAAGAAACUGGGCGCAAACACAAUAACCGUUUACUACAUUGAUCCAUCGAAGAAUCAUGAUGAUUGCAUGCAAAGUUUUGAAGACAAUGGAAUUUAUGUCCUUGCGACUCUUCCGGACAUGAACGCCACGACGAGUAAUGAAGGAUGGGAUAUGACACAAUACACGCGUUUCACCAAAGUAGUCGAUGCAUUUGCUGGGUACAACAAUUUGCUGGGGUUUUUUGUUGGUAUCGAAUCUAUUAACUACAACGAUUCUGAUAAAGAUGACGAAAAUACCCUCGCGCCGUCUCUUAAAGCUGCCGUUCGAGACAUGAAAGCAUACUCCGCCGCAAAGCAAUACCGCACCAUACCUUUCGGGUACUCCACGGAUGACGAUGCACAAAUCAGGUUACAAGUAGCGGAGUACCUAGUAUGCGGAGGAAACAGCAGCGAGGCUAUCGACUUUUUCGGAUUGAAUCUUUAUGCUUGGUGUGGCGAUGCCACAUACGCGAGUUCCGGGUAUAAGGACACAUAUUCGGAGUUUGGGGUACUGGGAGUACCGAUAUUUCUCUCCGAAGAUGGAUGCAAUGCUGUUCAACCCCGCGAGUUUAAGGAUCAAUCUGCUCUCUUUGGUUCUGAGAUGUCUGGGAAUUGGAGUGGUGCAGUUAUCUACGAAUGGCGCGAAAGCGGCAAUGAUUACGGUCUAGUUAAUUUUACAAAAUUAGCCUCCGGUGCUCAAACUCCCCAAUUGCUUAGUGACUACACAUCGUUGAGUAAAGAAUGGGCUUCCUGCACUAUAAAUACAACCUCUCCUAUUACCAAGCCGACGCCCGCAUGUCCUACUUCGAACAGCUUAUAUUGGACACUUGAUCCUAGCGUCACACUGCCUACAAUUGCCGGUCUCAAUAUUGCAACAGUGAAAGUUGCCUCAGCAACACCGACAUCAACGAGUGACUCGGACUCUGACUCUGGAUCCGUCCAGACAACAAAUACAUCUGAGAGCUCUUCUGGUCUUUCAAGUGGCGCGAAAGCAGGUAUCGGUAUUGGAGUGGCUGCGGGCGUAAUUUUGAUUGCACUCAGUGCCUGGUUCUUUUUCUAUCGAAGGAGAAAGCAAAAAGCAACCAGUGCAGGUAAACAAUCUCCAGCGGCAGAAUUGGCUGGCCCAGAAGCAUCGCAAUUACACGGAACGCCUGUGGGCGAGCUACCUGGCUCAGGAAAUAUUACCGAGAUGUCUGGGGGGUCGGGAAUACAUCCACAAGAGCUACAGGCAUCAGAAAGGCAUGAGCUAGAAGAUUCUUCUUCUCAUGAGGCUGCUAGUACGCAAAUAAGCCCAAGUGACGCUGGCCAGUCUUCGUCUUCUGCUGUCCCGGCUGGGGAGCAUGUUCCAAGGGAUACUCGAGCUUCACUUCUAGGUCCAUUCCAGCCUGAGAUAGAGGGGCCUCCGCUUAAUAGCUCGCAACGCUCGGUCUCAGACACCUGA